AUGGAUUAUAACUUUGGCCAGGACGCCCCCUCCGGCUCUGGCUCCGGCUCCUCAAAUUGGCUUGGGUUUGGUCAGCGCGUCACAGUCGCUUCUUCGUCGCCUGGUGUGCCCAACACCAUGCCCGAGGCUGAUGAUGCUUCUUUCGCCGAAUCAUAUCGCCCAGAGGCUUCUCCUUUAUUCAAUCCUCUUUUCAUGCCCCGAAAUCCGGCUCCUGAAGGCGCACUCUCGACUGGUUUAAGCCCUGGUCCUCCUCCUAGCUGGCCCUGGCAGCGCGAUGCAACCUUCAACAGCGACGGCCUCGAGUCCCCCGAUGUCUCUGCUCUCCCUGAGCAGCCUUCGCGUUAUUCUGAGUCGCCUGAAAAUGAUGCGCCACAAGAAUCCGCUACCGUUGAGGAACCCACCGGUGCGCAUCAUAUUACUUCCCCCGAACGCGCCCCAUUCUCGCCGUUGCAAGAAUCUGCUGCACGUACGCAAGAGAACUCGAUCAUUCAGUCAAAUCUCACUGAGGAAGUGAUCGCGGAAGCAGGCGUUGAUCCCGAGUCAAUUGUAGAGGAGUCACGCGUUGAGAUUCAUGAGCAUACCGAGACCAUUGUCCAGUCCUCAGAAAAGGAGCCUGAAGAAUUACCUUCUCAACAAGAACUUGACAAUGUUGUCGAAAAUGGCGAAGCCGAUCGCGUUGAGGAAACACCCACCCAGACACCUAUUGAGCAAGCGGCCGACGACAAUGAGGCCACCGAUGGCCAACAAACCCCAGCACAAGAUCAAUCCAAAUCACCAGAGACCACCUCGGCCCCUGCCACAGGGCCUAGUUCGCUUAAGAACGCAUUGCUUUCGGUUGGCAGAGGUAUCAUGAAGCGUAUGUCAGCGCCGCCUCCUGCAUUCGUGGCGACGCCUCAACCAGAUGACUCUCAGAAUCGAAGAGCUACCUCGACACAAUUAGAACAACAGACCGAAAGAGCUGGUUCCACUCCCUCCCUAGUCGUUGAGCUGAAAUCAAUAACACAGCCUGAAAAGGCAACAUUCGCUUCCCAAGCUCCUGCGCCUGAGGAUGAACCGUCGCUCGCCGAAGAACAGGCGCCAGCAUCUGCAAAGCGAAGCCGACGAAGCACACAAGGGGUUGCCGAAGAGGCUUUGGGGUCUGCUACAAAACCGACUCGUGGCCGUCGAAGCGUUGCUUCUGCGCCAGCAUCCCCCGCGAUUAAGAACGCUCCUUCAUCAGCUCUGAAACAGGCCCGCAAGUCCAUGCCUGCAAGUGUUCUCGCGGAUCAGACCCCUAAAAAGCGAGGACGCCCACGAAAGAGCGACGCUGUAGCCACUCCAGCCGCGCCCCCAAGCACCGCAAAGAGAGGCCGACCCAGAAAGUCGGAUGCCACUCCAAUCACUGUCCCUAGCGCAUCAAAGCCCUUAUCUGCUAGAGGCCGUCGCGUUGCCAGUGCUAGCAAGGCUGUAACGACACCUCGAAGAACUACCACAGCUCGGACUCCCAAGACAGCAAUUGGACUUCGUGCCGCAGCGACUCCUACGACAACACCAAGGCCACGUGGCAGGCCACCGAAGAAUCCUCCUCAACCAACAGAAGAAGAAAAAGAAGAAGCCGAACCAGAAGUGGAAGCGCCCAAGCGUGCUGGUCGGGCAAAGCGAGGUGGCGAUUCGACUGAUGAUGCUCUUGUCACAAAGAAAAGCACACGCACAGUCAAGCCACGCGCAGUUCGCUCUCCAGCCAAACGAGGGCGAGCUACAAGAAAGGCUGCUGCUGCUCCUGCUCCAGCUGAGAAAGCUGAACCAGUCACAAAACGUGGUCGCCGAACUGCAGCUGCGCCCAAAGAAGAAGCGCCUGCAGUAGCUCCCAAGAAACGUGGUCGCCCUGCUGCUAAGGCUGAGGCGCCAGCAGCUGAGGAGUCUGCUCCAGAGCCCAAGACACGAAAGCGAGGUCGCGCUGCAGCUGCCGAGGACACCGCGGCUGAAGAACCGGCGCCCAAGAGACGUGGCCGUGUUGCCAAGUCUGCCCCGGAGGAAAAGCCAGCACCGGCUCCCAAGCGACGUGGAAGGGCGGCUGCCUCAAAGGCUGUCGAAGAGGCCGUUGCUGAGCCUGCACCCACAAAGAAGCGUGGAGCAGCCAAGACAGCUACCAAGUUAGCUGAGAAUGCUGCAUCUGGACCCGAGCUGGCCCCCAAGAAGCGGGGACGCGCAGCUGCUUCAUCAAAGGCCACCGAAGAUGUCCCUGCUGAGACUACCACUACAAAGCGUGGCCGUUCCAAGCGAACAGCACCCGAGCCCGAGCCCGAGCCCGAGCCCGAGCCCGAGCCCGAGCCCGAGCCCGAGCCCGAGCCGGAGGCUGACGCACCUAAGCCUGCGACCAAGAAGCGUCGCACAACACGCAAAGCCGAGGAGCCAGUUGAGGAACCUAGCAAACCUACAGGCCGAAAGACAGGACGGCCUGCAAAGGCUGCCAAAGAAGUUGUGGAAGUGCCCGCACCCAAGCGUGGCAAGUCUAUUCGCCCCAAGGUCGCCGAACCUGAAGAACAAAAGCCUGCUGCGAAGCCUCGUGGUCGAGCUGCCGCGAAGAAGGCACCAGAACCCGCUGUCAAGGCCGAGGCUGAGGCCGAACCAGAGAAGCCCAAGGCUCGUGGACGGCCCGCAAAGGGAAAGGCUGGAAAGGGCGAGCUUCCAAGCUCAAAGGCUGCUGAAGCUCCCGCCCCGAAGCGAGGACGAGGAGCAGCCAAAGCUACAGCCACCAAGGCCAAGGGUUCUGCUCCCACAGGCGUGACCAAGACGGGCAGAGCAGCACAAACUGGGGUCCGAAGAGGACUGCGAUCAAGGGGCUGA